AGGGGAGGGAGGCGGGGGUUGCUAAGCCAAAACGGGGACACUGCUUACAGAGCCGGGAGCCAGGACAGCCCAAGUGAGCGGACGUGGCACCGAGAGAGUUGGAAGGACAGUCAACAUAACAGAUCAUCAUGACAGAUAAACUUAAAGGCAGGAAUAUCAUCUUCGUUGUGGGUGGACCUGGCUCUGGUAAGGGAACCCAGUGUGAGAAAGUUGUGGCCAAAUAUGGCUUCACUCACCUGUCAUCUGGAGACCUUCUUCGUGCUGAGGUCAGCUCGGGGUCGGAGAGGGGCAAGCAGCUGGCUGCCAUCAUGGAGAAGGGAGAGCUGGUUCCCCUGGAUACGGUCCUGGACAUGAUAAAGGAGGCCAUGAUUGCCAAAGCCGACACGUCCAAGGGCUUCCUGAUUGACGGCUAUCCCCGUGAGGUCAGGCAGGGCGAGGAGUUUGAGAAGAAGAUUGGAGCCCCCAGCUUGCUUCUGUACAUCGACGCCAAGGCAGAAACCAUGGUGAAGAGGCUGAUGAAGCGUGGCGAGACCAGUGGCCGCACUGAUGACAAUGAGGAGACCAUCAAGAAGCGCCUAGACCUGUACUACAAAGCAACGGAGCCUGUGAUCGCUUUUUAUGAAGGCCGUGGAAUUGUCCGGAAGAUUGAUUCCGAAGGUUCAGUGGACCAGGUCUUCAGCCAAGUAGCCAAAGCUAUCGACUCCUUGAAAUAAAACCAUCAUGGGUGGAGAAACUA